GGGCUAGAGCCGACUGGAGCCGGGCGGCCGAUCUGGGAAGCAUCUCUGCACGCCACUGGGAUCCGCAUCUUCCCGGGAUCGCCAAGCCCCAGAAGCCGGGCUGUUUUAAAUUAGGGCUGCUGUUCUCUGUCCCCGGGCUCCAGAACGCUAGGAGAUUUUUACCUAGCUCAAACAAGGCCGCGGGUCUUCCCUCUUUUUUUCCACGAGGGUGUGUUUGGUUGCAAUUGCAUGAAAUCCCAAUGGUGUAGACCGGUGGCGAUGGAUCAGGAGUUUACCAACUGAGACAUUUUUCGAUUUCUUUCUUGUCAUCCUUGCUCGGGACUGAAAACGCUUCUGUGAGACUUGACAAUAGCUCCUCUGGUGCAAGUGUGGUAGCUAUUGACAACAAAAUCCAGCAAGCUAUGAAAAGCCUGGUGAAAAGCCAUUUGAUGUAUGCGGUUUGGGAGGAGGUGGAAGUCCUCAAAGAGCAAACCAAAGAACUCACAGAGAAGAACUCGCAGCUGGAGCAGGACAACAAUCUGCUGAAGACGCCGGCCAGUCCCGAGCAGCUCGCCCAGUUCCAGGCCCAGCGGCAGACCGGCUCCCCGCCUGCCGCCGCCACGCAGCCGCAGGAGACCACGCAGCCCCCCGCCCAGCCGGCGUCGCAGGGCUCCGGACCCACCGCGUAGCCGCCUGUGCCCCGCAGAACCGGCGGCUGCGUGCGUGAACUGAACAGAUGGAGAGACGUGCUAGGGGGAACCCGCCCCCACGGUCGCCCAUUUCAUUGCUGGCCACGAAAGAGACGUGAAACUGACGCAUGCCAGUCUCUCCUUUUCCCCGGAUUAAACACUCACACGC